CAGCCCCCGAUCGCAGCCCCAGACCGUCGACCGCGAAGGCAACCGCACCCCGGAAACAACAGCACCAACAACGAACUGAACGUUUGCACCAACACCAGCACCGCCGCCAGCAGUGUCAGUGGGUUGGUUAGUGGCUGGUCCACCCGCUCGGCCGUUCGCGUUCCGCCACGGUAGAAAAGAAACAAACAAUUCCAUCCCCAACCGAACGGAGGUGCGUGAAUCUUCCACUGAACUGCCCCGAGAAUCAGCGGAAGUUUGUGCGCGCGAACCCAACGAUCAGCAAGUUCGGUUCGGCUGGCGAUCGCAUAUUGUUGGAAGUGCCAGAGUGUUUUUUGCGGGAAAGUGCGGUCCAACAUCGCGGCGUUUCGGAGCAUGGGCCCGGUGUCCCUAGUGUUGGCCAGUGCAUAGGUUGCGCCAGAGGGAACCACAGCUCCGUGGAAACGCCCGUUGGCCCCCUAGUUCGUGUCGAUCGCGGCUUGUGUUGAACGAGCCCUCCGGAACAUCUCGCCUCGCGAUUUGUGCGCUGUGCUGUGCCGUGCGCGCGUUUGACAAAAACCGAAGCCGACCAAAACCGAGGAAACCCGUUCCGUGAUCUUCCUACCGGGCUGCAGUGAGUGUCUCUGUGUUCGUAGAUCUCUGCAGAUCAGAGCCCCACAAUGGACGCAUACUGGGAAGCAGCAAACGGGCAUGCACAGCAUUCCUUAAAAUACGAAAGUGAGGCUCCGGUGCAGCCUGGCUACACGUACUGCGGAGAACCGGGAUUAAAUUUCUCCACCAACAGUACCAACUACAGUGAAGAUGAUGCCGACUUCGCACCCGGAAGGCGAGGCAAAACAUCACGGCAAGACCCACUGUCACACCGGAUCAUAGAGAAGCGCCGCCGCGAUCGAAUGAACUCCUGCUUGGCGGACCUUUCGCGGCUCAUUCCUCAGCAGUACAUGCGCAAAGGUCGGGGCCGCGUGGAGAAGACGGAGAUCAUCGAAAUGGCGAUACGCCAUUUGAAGAACCUGCAGAACCAGGAGUGUGGCCGAGAGUCGUCCUGCGCAGAGCAGUACCGUUUGGGGUACAACGAAUGUUUGACGGAGGCAGCCAAGUUCAUGUUGCGCGAGCGAGGCGAGGAACUGUGCUUCCGAAUGGUGGCCCACUUGAAAGAGCACUGCAAUGAUAUAAUGAAGAGCGAACUGUUAAAGUCCCGUUGUGGGUCAGAACUAGCGAACGGUGGCAGCCCUAUCUAUCUGGCUGGGGCUCAAAUCGGUCACAUGCGCGAAAUGAUGUCGUGCCCGUCGGACAUUGAGCACAGCAGCAACGACCAUCAUGACGUGAAGGAUCUAAGCUUCCGUAGUGCAACCAGCAGUAGCACAAGCAGCAACCACAACCCUGCACAGGCACCGGUCAUCACUUCUACCGCACCGAUCGUGCAGCAUCACGAUACAUCGAGCAAUCACUCAACGCAGGACUAUGAUGCGCCGUCGCCACCACGAAUUUGCAGCGCUGCGGGGCUGCAGCAGGACACAAAUAACAACCUGAACCAACAUGAGAGCGUUCUGCGCACGAUCCGAAUGCGCAAAUUCUCGGAGCACGCUUCACCCGAACACGAGCACAGCCACAACAGCUACAAGUUCAAGAACUACAUCCAACAGCGCUUUUCACAGGAUACGCAUGAGAACGGCGCUCAUACGAUGGACAUUGAUCGCAGUCCGAUGUCCGUGCACGAAGAUCAUCAUCAUCAUCAAAGUUCGUUGCGUGCCUCCCCGCUGACCAACGGUAGCACCGGGAGCCUUUCGGGUGUCGAUUCCAAAUCUUCCACCAGCACGAGCGUCAAGUCUCCCCCAGCACUAGCGUCUUCCUCGGACGAACCGCUGUCCCUGAAGCGGAAGCUACCUGGAGUCUGCACCGAAGCCGCCAUCGCGUCGAUCUCAGCUCUGGGGAGCUCCCUGGAAAACCCCAACAACCAUCUCCAGCAUCACUCACAGCAGCAGCAGCAAACUAUUUCUACUUCCGAUGGCGUGUCGUUGGAAAAGAAAGUGGCCAGCAGUAAGAACGGCCUAACCAUUAUGGCAUCGUCUUCCGUAGCGCCCCUGCCAACGGCGGAAAUCAAGCACGAACUGCUGGCAGGUGCUGCGAAUGUUUUAGCCGCAGGAAAUCCUACCGUUGCUUCGGCUCCGACACAACAGCACCAUCACCAUAAUAGUAGCCAUCAUCAUCACAGUUCCUACCAUCCGGUACCGAUCUUUGCCUGCCACACCCAAGGCUUCUAUAUUCCGCUGAACGUGGACUACGAAUCGUUGCUACCGUAUCUAAACGGAAUUGACCUGUUGAGUAAGAGCUUCCUGCAACUGCCGCCUCUACAUCCCAUCAGCAUCAGCGUAAACUACAGUCCAAUCGCACCUACCAGCACCGGUGGCAGUAACUUGGUGGUUAAAGCCACCAUCAACGGGUUGGCCACCAAUAAGUCCAAACUCGUCGAGGGUCUCAUCAGUGGAUGUUAGACGAAGCGAUCGUAAUGGGCAAAGCAAAUACGGCACGAAAAGUAUCAUACCCUGUUGACAUCUACUCAAGCAGAAUGCAUUUUCCUUUUUCUUCGUCGAUGUCUCUUUGUGACCGUUGUAUCAAAAAUUGUUCUACGGGAAAUAGCUUGUAUGUAACUAAAUAGCGGCAGAGCGCAAUUUGCAGUGGUGGAGCUUAAUCAAAGGUGGUCAAGGGUACUAGAUCGUGGAGAGAAUCCAGCCAUACAGACAUGAUAAAGAAGUAAAUCACAAUCAACGGAUGCCAACGAUCUUUAGUCAAUCCUUUGAUCUUUAGCUAAAACAAACAGCAUAAUGCUGUAGUAGCUAUAUAAAUAACAAAACUGAAAUUGCACACAAGAAUCUAGCCCAUUGUAGGUUCGCAAAUGAUGAAAAGAUCCCUCAUAGCAACCCAGUUCGGUGUGUAAUGUGUAUAUUUAAACUCAGGUAAACCUUCCCUUAUUUCCGAGUGUGCGCAUAGAUCGAUCCGUCUUUCCGUGCCCCCCUUUGUUGUUGUUACGGGUUACAAGAACAAUAGAAACUAUCAAGACAACUAAUAGAAAUUAUAGAAGGACUUAACUGACGGCUUGAGCUAAGCGCUAUCCGAGGGUAUGAAGGAAACCUGAAAGUCAUUCUUCCUAGCUCCUUUUCGGUAAACUCAGCGCCGGCAGAAGCAAAGCUAGCUUUCUAAUAUACAAAUUCGCAGUAACUAUCGCCAUAACAACAACAACGUGAAAGAUCAAAGCGAGCUAAACGGAAAACGCCACAUGUACUGGACAAAUGAGUCAUUACAGUUAAGCGACAAGUGCUCGAUAUUCCAAUUCGUCGACACGUAAGAAGCAUUACUCAAACUGGAAGUUCUUUACUAAGGGAUAAUAGUUUCGUGUUCCCUGCGUUAAUUUCAACAGCUCAUAUUUUUUGUUUUAAUUUUGUCAUCAUUUACUUUCUUGUAACUAGAAUAAAAAAACUGUGAUACUGUGAGAAAUGUUAGGACAUUGUAUAGUGAAGCCUAGAGAAAACUUGAGGUGAAACACGCAAAAAGCUACAGAAUGGAGGCCGAAAGAAGCUAGGCCACGAACAAUAAUGGAAAAUGAAAUGCGUUAUUGGCAGAGGAAUAAACGGAAUAAAAACAUGCUUUAACAAUGCAUUUGAUGCCACACCUGAUGAAACGAAGACCGCUGAAGAUAAAAGUGAUAGAAAAAAUGGACCGACAAAACCCCCAUGAAACAGGACAAACUGCUUACUAUAAUUCCGGACGGACCACAGUAAUUAACAAUGUUGGCAUAGUGCUAACGAAGAAGGAUGCGUAAGUUGAACGAUCGAAACAAAGAGUUUCUUCCUUCGGAGUACCGCCAUCGAGGUAGAAUGCGAUUUGUAACUCCUUGUCCAUUUCGACGCGCGGGGGACACUGAUGUGGGUGUAACAAAGCAACAACCCUCUUUCAGAAACAGUAGAUAAUUUGUAUUGAGGGUGAGACUUUUUUACUUCACCGCCUUUUUAUAUACAUAUUAUUGUGAACCACGCGAGUAUCCUGACAGAUCACCAUACUGAUGAAUGCAAACGAAAACUACAAUGUGUCCAUUCAUUUGUCCAAAAAUUGGACAAAACAUAAGUCCGCUUAAUGAAUAAAUAAAGAAGAGAUAA